AUCUUCCGCGGCCCCUCCGCUUUCCUCCCUACACCACCGUCCUUUGGAGUAUCUGCAAUGGACAGCGUCGUUGAGUCAUGGAGCGACUACCGGGCAUCCCUGCUAUAUGCCGGGGAUGAGUCCAGAGUGAUCUCGAUUGCCGCUUGGGACUCCUUCAUCCAGGCCAUCCAGCAACUCCGUGCUCGCUUGCUCAAGCAACGCAUCCAGACCCAGCAGACGCCGCAAAUAGCGAUCGCACAGGAAAUCGCCAUCCUCCAAAAAGACAUUACCGCCAAAGAUACGGCUCUCGCUCGCUACCUGGAUAUGCUUGUUCGCUGGGAGCCGAUCCUAACAGGCAUGAGAGAUUCUAAUGACAAAGUUACUGGGAUAGCCUCCCCAGCUCGUGCCCCCGCCGCUGCGGUCGAAGGCUCAUCCGUUACAACUGCGGUUGCACUGGAAAGAUUGCUUGAUACGACCGGGUCGUUUUUCUCUUCUUUCGGAGACGAAGACCAAAUGUCUGCCUCGACUUCAACCCAAGCGCCUUUUGAGUCCCGGCCUUCAACACAGCUAUCGGUGGCAGUAUCGGCAGACGUUAUCGAUGUCGAUUCGGAGACAGACAGCCAAGAUUCGUCGGCUACCGGCUUGGAGAGCAACGACGGACAGGCAGCGGCCGAGGAAAGUGAAGACGGGGCCGAUGAAGAGGCCCUCUCGGUGGUUCAAGACGGAAUGGUCGACGACAAGCUUACGGGGGGAGCUUCGGCCGAAGCAACACAGCCGAUCCCGGAGCCGACUCAUGCAGAGGACUUGGAGGAGGCGGCGACUGACGACCCCGAUCCGGCGGACGACGAGCAUGGUUUAGGGGGCGACUUUGACUUUCUCCUUGAUCAACCCUUUUAAUACACACCCUGCCACCGAUCCAAAGGACCAGACCAAAGGACCAGAUCAAACCAAUCAAACAAAACGCACCUCCGUCUCCAGCGCCGAGACCCUGCGUGCCCAUGAGGCGGAAUGGGACAAACACAAGCACAAAUC